CAGCGCAGAGACCGUAGAGACGGAGGAGGCGCCCGCGGCUGCAGAGCUGCAGAGCGGGGUCUCCCGGCCCUCGGCGUCCCAGCCCUCCGCACGUCGCCGGGCCAGACCACAGCCCCUUCUCUCGGCGCGGCCCGCAGGCCCCCAGCGGUCGGCAAGCUGGCUCCCCGAGUAGCCACCGGGACCCCCGAGCCCAAUGGCGGGGGCGGCAACAAAAUCGACAGCACCGUGGAGAUCGCCCCUGGCUCCAAUGGACAGGUCGGGAGCCUUGGAGAUGCGGUCCCCCCCGAGCAGCUGCAGGGUGAGCGGGAGCGCCGGCGGGAGGGGGAGGGCGACGCGCUGGGCAGCAGCCUCUCGCUGGCCGCGCCCCCGGGCCCCCUCAGCUUCGAGGCUCUGCUCGCCCAGGUAGGGGCCCUGGGUGGCGGCCAGCAGCUGCAGCUCGGCCUGUGCUGCCUGCCCGUGCUCUUCGUGGCGCUGGGCAUGGCCUCAGACCCCAUCUUCACGCUGGCGCCCCCGCUGCACUGCCACUACGGCGCCUUACCCCCCAACGUUUCGGGCUGGGAGCAGCCCCCCAACUCCAGCGGCGUUAGCGUCGCCGGCGCGGCCCUAGCAGCCAGCGCCGCCAGCGGAGUCGUCACCAGUACAGACCCCUCGUGUAGUGGCUUCGCCCCACCGGAUUUCAACCACUGCCUGAAGGACUGGGACUAUAACGGACUGCCCGUGCUCACCACCAAUGCCAUCGGCCAGUGGGAUCUGGUGUGUGACCUGGGCUGGCAGGUGAUCCUGGAGCAGAUCCUCUUCAUCUUGGGCUUUGCCUCCGGCUACCUGUUCCUCGGUUACCCCGCGGACAGGUUUGGCCGUCGUGGGAUUGUGCUGCUGACCUUGGGGCUUGUGGGCCCCUGUGGAGUGGGAGGAGCUGCUGCAGGCUCCUCUACAGGCAUUAUGACUCUUCGAUUCCUCCUGGGCUUCCUGCUAGCUGGUGUUGACCUUGGUGUCUACCUGAUGCGCCUGGAGCUGUGCGACCCCACGCAGAGGCUUCGGGUGGCCCUGGCAGGGGAGUUGGUAGGGGUGGGAGGGCACUUCCUGUUCCUGGGCCUGGCCCUUGUCUCUAAGGACUGGCGAUUUCUGCAGCGAAUGAUCACCGCUCCCUGCAUCCUCUUCUUGUUUUAUGGCUGGCCUGGUCUGUUUCUGGAGUCUGCACGGUGGCUGAUAGUGAAGCGGCAGAUUGAGGAGGCUCAGUCUGUGCUGAGGAUCCUGGCUGAGCGAAACCGGCCCCAUGGGCAGAUGCUGGGGGAGGAGGCCCAGGAAGCCUUGCAGGAACUGGAGAAUACCUGUCCCCUCCCUGCGACGUCCACCUUUUCCUUCGCGUCCCUCCUCAACUACCGCAACAUCUGGAAGAAUCUGCUUAUCCUGGGCUUUACCAACUUUAUUGCCCAUGCCAUUCGCCACUGCUACCAGCCUGUGGGAGGAGGAGGCAGCCCCUCAGACUUCUACUUGUGCUCGCUGCUGGCCAGUGGCACAGCAGCCCUGGCCUGUGUCUUCCUGGGGGUGACUGUGGACCGUUUUGGCCGUCGGGGCAUCCUCCUUCUCUCGAUGACUCUCACAGGGAUUGCAUCCCUGGUCCUGCUCGGCCUGUGGGAUUAUCUGAAUGAUGCUGCGAUCACAACCUUCUCUGUCCUUGGACUCUUCUCCUCCCAAGCGUCUGCCAUCCUCAGUGCCCUCCUUGCUUCUGAAGUCAUCCCCACCACUGUCCGGGGCCGUGGCCUGGGCCUUAUCAUGGCGCUUGGGGCGCUUGGGGGGCUGAGUUGUCCAGCUCAACGCCUCCACAUGGGCCACGGGGCCUUCCUGCAGCAUGUGGUCCUGGCGGCCUGUGCUCUGCUCUGCAUCCUUAGCAUCAUGCUGCUGCCAGAGACCAAGCGCAAGCUUCUGCCAGAGGUCCUCCGGGAUGGAGAACUGUGCCGCCGGCCUUCCCUGCUGAGGCAGCCGCCUCCUAACCGCUGUGACCAUGUCCCACUGCUAGCCACUCCUAACCCUGCCCUCUAAGCAGCCUCUGAUCCUGGUGGGAGGCUGGCCAUACAGAGAGGUGACAGAGGACUAGCAAGAUAGGCAGGCAAGGCCACCCCGUACAAAAGGCUCAAAGGCGCCUCAUGCCAGCCAUCUAGGAGAACUCAGAGGGCCGUUCCCAACCCCGUCUCUACCCUGCUGCUUUCUGUUAACUUCGUCAGCAAGAGUCAGGCCGGGGGAGAGCAUCAUGCUAUAACCAUUAGGUCUGGGCUCCAUCCUGUGUCCAAAGACAUUUCCCAGACCUCGCUCUUUCUCGCUCUUUCAUUCUGUUUCAAUAAAAGACAUUUUGAAUAAAUGA